AUUUGGUAGUUGGCCGACUUCAUUGUGAACGUGAUAUACAAACACAGAACAUUUACAUAUUAUAAAACACAUUAUGCCGGAUUGAAAAGGCGUGUAUGCGGUUUCUGUUUGCAGGUUAGCUCUGGCAGUGUUUCCCACCCCCUCUGACGUCAUCGCCCGUUGGUUCAGCCCAGGAGCGUGGUAGUGUCUACGCGCGGUGAGGGGGUUCUGUCCAGCCGUUGUACUUUCCGCCCGGUUUCCGGUCUCGGUACUUCCUUGUUCCUCUCACAGCCCGCGCCGUGUCUGAACCCUCAGCGAGAUGUCCGUGGCCUUUGCAGCUCCCAGGCAGCGGGGGAAGGGCGAGAUCACUCCCGCCGCCAUCCAGAAGAUGUUGGACGAGAAUAAUCAUCUAAUUCAGUGUAUUAUGGAUUAUCAAAACAAAGGAAAGACCUCUGAAUGUUCACAGUAUCAGCAAAUGUUGCACACAAAUCUGGUUUACUUGGCCACCAUAGCAGACUCCAAUCAGAAUAUGCAACCUUUAUUACCAGCACUCCCCACACAGAAUAUGCCUAUGGGUCCUGCAGGGAUGACUCAGAGUGGCCCACCACAGCCACCCCGCUCACACAACAUGCCUUCAGACGGAAUGGUAGGAGGGGGUCCGACUGCACCACACAUGCAAAACCAGAUGAACGGCCAGAUGCCUGGACCAAACCAUAUGCCUAUGCAAGGACCGGGACCUAGUCAGCAUACCAUGGCAAAUAGCUCAAUGCCUAUGCCUUCUACUAAUCACGGUUCCAUGGGAGGCUAUAAUCACUCUGUGCCAUCUUCACAAAGUAUACCAGUCCAAAAUCAGAUGGGUAUGAAUCAAGGCCAGUCAAUGGCCAACUACGGUCCCAGGCCAAGCAUGAACAUGCAGCCAAACCAAGGUCCAAUGAUGCAUCAGCAGCCCCCCUCACAGCAAUAUAACAUGCCUCAGGGCAGUGGACAGCAUUAUCAGGGACAGCAGCCACCGAUGGGACUGAUGGGCCAGGUUAAUCAGGGGAAUCACAUGAUGGCACAAAGGCAAAUUCCACCUUACAGACCACCUCAGCAAGGUCCACCACAACAAUACUCAGGCCAAGAAGAAUAUUAUGGCGACCAGUACAGUCAUGGCAGUCAAGGACCUCCUGAAGGCAUGAAUCAGCAAUACUACCCUGACGGUCAUAAUGAUUACGGUUAUCAGCAACCGUCGUAUCCUGAACAAGGCUACGAUAGGCCUUACGAGGAUUCCUCACAACAUUACUACGAAGGAGGGAAUGCUCAAUAUGCUCAGCAGCAAGAAUCUUAUCAAGGACCACCACAGCAGCAAGGUUACCCACCUCAGCAACAGCAAUACCCAAGCCAGCAAGGUUAUCCUGCCCAACAACAAGCUUAUGGCCCUUCUCAAAGUGCUCCUGGUCCUCAGUAUCCAAACUACCCUCAGGGACAAGGACAACAGUAUGUGCAAUACAGACCUUCACAGCCAGGACCUCCUCAGCCACAACAGCAGAGACCUUAUGGAUAUGAUCAGGCGCAGUAUGCAAACUAUCAGCAGUAAAGAACGUGUGGAUUCCUGUAGCCAGUCAGUGUAGCUGUUGUGGUGUUUGCUCUGGACUGUGGACAUCUUUCCUUUUGAAAAGAUUUAACCUUCUCUAUCUUUUACAUUUGGGAAAAUUAUGUGAAUUGAUGGCUGCUUCUCCAUUUUGCAAUCCAAAUGGGUUAAUCAUUGAAGACUGCGGUAAUUGAGAUGUCGGUUUCACAUAAUGUACUCUAGGUGGGGAUGUUGCAUCAUACAAUCCAGGAUAUUCUUGUAACGCAUAGGCAACAUAUCUGUGAAGCCAUCGGUGACAGAUGGGAGAUUUUAUAAAUAACUGACGUGAUCGGUUUUCCUUUAAGUUACCGCUGAAUACAUAUACAUCCUAAAAAAGGGGAACAACAUUUCGGGACCUUUUUUAGCUUUUGGAUACCCCAUGAAGAUAAGAAUGUGUCGUGCCAGGAAUGUUAAUAUUAGAAUUUUAAAUGUGGAGAAGCAA